GGGUAUUUUUGACUGACCAAACCUUUCUCCAACAGAUGUGCUUUUUACACAUGGAUUUGACAUCCACCUCUCCUCUGUAGAAAAUGACAGAAACCAUUGAAGCUGUCUUUUAAUUUUUUUAUUGUUUCUUUCUCUCACUCUCUCUCACACUCUCUUUCCCUUUCACGGCUUUCUUCCUCUCCUCUCACCCAGAACUUCAAGCUUCCACUAAAAAAUCACCCAUAACUUCAAGCUUCAAUCUUCCUCUUCUCAAGAUUCUUUUCUCUUCUUAGGAUCAUGGAUCAAGAGAAUUCACCUUCAUCUUCAGAUGGUGCAGAUGAGGAAUUUUGGGAUUUUGCCAAUUCAUCAUCAGACGAAGACUUGAUGAAUCUGCAGAUUGAAGCUCUACAAGAGAAGGGGAGAAAAAGACGUCGUGGCUCAAUUCCUGGUCGUAUAUAUAAAGAUAGACAACGACUGCAAGGCCACGAACCACUGUUCAAAGAUUAUUUUGCAGAAAAUCAUGUUCAUGAAGAAGUUGUAUUUUGGAGAAGGUUUCGGAUGCAUCGAGCUCUUUUUCUUCAAAUUCUCACUGUAGUAAAAGCUCAUGACUCAUAUUUUGUUCAAAAAAGGGACUCAGCAGGACGUCUUGGGCUAUCAUCUCUACAAAAAGUUACCGCUGCAAUGAGGAUGCUUGCGUAUGGAAUUGGGGCAGACGUUGUGGAUGCCUAUCUUACAAUCGAUGAAAGCACUGCAAUUGAAGCUAUGAAAAGUUUUGUCCAAGCUGUUAUCACUGUAUUUGGAGUUGAAUGCUUAAGAAAGCCAACUUCUGAUGAUAUUUCCAGAUUGCUAUUGAUUGGUGAGAGUCGUGGAUUUCCUGGAAUGCUUGGUAGUAUCGAUUGUAUGUACUGGAAGUGGAAGAAUUGUCCGGUUGCAUGGAAAAGUAUGUUUUCUCGUGGAGAUCAUCGUGAACCUUCAUUGAUUCUUGAAGCUGUUGCUUCACACGAUCUUUGGAUAUGACAUUCUUUUUUUGGAUUACCAGGCUGUCAUAAUGAUAUUAAUGUCUUAGAGCAUUCGCCUUUAUUUGCUGACCUCCGUGAAGGUCGAGCCCCUCCAGUCACUUAUAAGAUUAAUGAUCAUGAAUACACAAUGGGAUAUUGUCUAGCCGAUGGCAUAUAUCCUUCGUGGGCCACUUUUGUCAAAACCAUUCCAUGUCCACAAGGAGAGAAAGCAAAGAAUUUUGCUAAAGCUGAAGAGGGAUGUCGGAAAGAUGUAGAACGAGCAUUUGGAGUGCUGCAAGCACGUUUUGCAAUUGUUUGUGGACCGGCUCGUUGUUGGGAUCGUGAAACACUUCAAAAGAUCAUGAAAGCAUGUUUUUUCAAAACACUUCAAAAGUUAGAUGUUUUUUCAU